CUUGCGGCAGUAGUACGGCGGCACAAUGGGUUUGUCCGCUUCAGCUCUGCGGGGGGCCAUGGCUUAAGGGGCGAGGAGGAGGCAGGAGAGGCGCGUGGGUGGCACCAUGAGCUCAGCCGAAAUUAAGAAGCCACCAGUGGCCCCAAAACCAAAAUUUGUGGUAGGACACAAGGCAUCACCGCCCCCUGUUGCACCUAAGCCAGAUGUUGUGUUUGCUGGUGUUCUACAAACAACAAAGAAAACUAAACCAGCAAUAGCACCAAAACCAAAGGUUCUCAAGAGUUCAUCUGUUCCUGAAGUUAGACCUCCGUCAUCUUUAAGAAAAAGCACCAAAAGCCUAGAAGAACACAAAGGAGAUUCUUCUGAAACUCUAGACCACCUGAAUUAUAAAAAUGGAGACUCCGCAGAAAGCACUGAGGAUACUGCUUACAUUAUACCAAUGUGUUCUUGCAAUUUUGAAUGCAUCCAUAAGCUUGGAAAUGGGGAGAGCACAUGUAAAACUCAAAUAAUUUUUGAACACUUUGAGAACUUAGAGAAUAUCAAGAUAGGUGAACAAAUCGCACCAUCUAUAAAAGGUAGGACAAUACAGGAGAGUCAUAGUGAAAAAGUGGCAAAUAGAAAUCGGGUAGUUUUAAAGGCCAGCCUUCUGGAAGGGACACUCAAAGAUGUUCUAACACAAAGUGUAUUCCCUAAUACCAGCCCUCUGAGGCACAAGUGUCCAGAUAAACUUGAAAGGGAUGAUAGUAAUAGUUCUAACAAUGAAGUUAAAAUAGAGUUUACAGAUCUUGUGCAGUUAUCUGGUUCUGAGGAAGCUACAGGCAAGCCAGAAAAUAACCACAAUAAGAGAGAUGCUGAUGAAAUUCACGUGUCUGAAACUUGUUCCAGUCUGACUGAAAGCAACCACAAUUGCUAUUGCUCAUUGGACCAAGAAACCCUAGAAAAUGUUAAUGUAAAUAGUGAUAUUACAUUUCCAGGUGGAGUCUGUAUGAAAGGAGAUGAUAAAACUCCACCUUCUUCUGGAGCAUGUUCAGCACCCAGCUCAAAAGUAUUUCCAGUUCCAAAACCGAGAAAGCCACGUGCUGCAUGUCUAGUCCGUCAAGAUGGUAUAGAUACGUCCGGGGAAGGAACAAGAGAACCAAUUAAUUCAAAGAGCAAUUCUGCUGGAUCUUGUGAGCACAUCUUUAAAAAAACAGCAAAAAUUAAUGUUCUUGGUCAGAGUGUUUCAUAUAAUGAUCAUCCAGAAAAAGUGCAUCAGACUAAUACGUUUGAGAUUCCUCAAAAUCUUGCUGAGAAAAUACACUGGGUGAAGGAAUCUACUGAUACCGAAGAAUUAGCCUCACAGAAUAUCUUGCCUCAGCUUGUAGAAGAAGCUUCUCUCAUGACAGAAAAUGUUAAACGUUCCUUGGAUGAAGACCUUACUUUAACAAGUCCUGCAGAUGAAAUGACAGAUGACGCUAGUAUAUUAGCUGCUGUGGACAAAAGGACUAGUUUUAUACGAAGCAGUACUCAGUCCAUGAGUUUGCCUAAGCAGCUCAAAUUGACUUGCAAUCAGCACUUGCCUGCCUCCAGUAGCCUUGACGUUUCUGCGCAGAAACCAGAAGAUAAAGAGAUUCAUGUAAAAGAUGAAAGUUCACCAAGGAUUGUUCCUAAAAAACCUCAGAGACACAGCUUGCCUGCUGCUGGACUGCUGAAAAAAGCUGCAUCAGAGGAGCUUGUUGAAAAAAGUUCUUAUGUUUCCAGUGAAGAUAAAAGAUCAGAAAGUGUUCUUGAAAGAACUCGUUUAAGGCAUAUGUUGACCAAAGAACAAGGUAUGUCACCUUACUGUGACAGGCCAAAACGUUCUUCAGAGAAACCUGUCUGGAAAUUACCUCAUCCUAUCCUGCCAUUUUCAGGCAAUCCGGAAUCGUUAAAAACUGCCAGCAUUGCCACAAACUCAGACCUUUCAACUGUUGUGAUCAAGCCUAGAGCUAAAUCUCUAUCUUCCGUGGAUAUGGACAGAACGGACAAACCUUCCAAAGACAGUCAGAAGAAAAAUACUUUAAAGAAAUUUCUCAACAUUAAAUUGUCUGUUUGCAUAAUGAAAAGUGACUUCCAGAAAUUUUUUUCCAAGGGCAGCCAAUCUAUGGAUGGUGCCAUAGCUAGUCUUUCCACUGGGGAAGGGAAUGGUAUUAGUAACACCUGGAAUGUAACAUCCCUAGCAAGCGAAAGGAAAACUAAAUCUGCCAAGGCACGUUCUGCAGAAAUAGGUAGCCCAGCAUCACAAAAGAAAAGACAGAGACAUAGGAGUCAGCAUGAUAUACCAAACAGUCAAAGAUUAGAGGCUUUAGAUGAACAAAUAUUCUCAGGGAAGCAGUUGUCACAAACACACUUGAAUUCUCUUACAAGCGAUUAUCCACCAGAAUAUGAGAAUGUGCGCCACUAUGAAGAAAUUCCAGAGUAUGAAAACUUGCCUUUUAUUCAGUCUUCUGAUAAAAAUCCAUGUUUUGAAUGGCAGAAUUCCAGCAGUGUGGUGGAAGACCAUGAUACAAAUGUAUAUGAGGUGGAAGAACCAUAUGACGCUACAAGCAGCCAUUCAAGACAUGGCAGGGCAUCAGAAGAUCACAGUGAUUCCAAUGUGUUGAUGGGCGAGAUUCAAUCAGAUGAAGAAAUUAUCAACAGCUCUGAUGAGGACGAUGACACAAAUUCCGAUUCUAGCAAAGGGGAGCUUGAUCUUCAAGAAUAUAAGCAGAGCAAAGCAGCUGGAAAAAAAACGAAAGUUUACCAUAUUGCCAAGGAGAUCAUGAGCUCGGAGAAAGUAUUUGUGGAUGCGCUAAAGCUCUUGCACAUUGAUUUCCGGGAUGCAGUGGCACAUGCUUCCAGGCAGCUAGGAAAGCCAGUGAUUGAGGAUAGGAUCCUGAAUCAGAUCCUGUACUACCUACCUCAGCUGUAUGAACUUAAUCGGGACCUCCUCAGAGAAUUAGAAGAGAGACUUUCUCACUGGAUUGAUUAUCAAAGAAUCGCUGAUAUAUUUGUGAAAAAAGGACCCUACUUAAAGAUGUAUUCAACUUACAUCAAAGAAUUUGAUAAGAAUGUUGCGCUGCUAGAUGAACAAUGCAAGAAGAACCCUAGUUUUGCUGCUGUAGUUAAAGAUUUUGAGAUGAGUCCUCGCUGUGCUAGUCUGGCACUCAAGCACUAUCUCCUCAAGCCAGUUCAGAGGAUUCCCCAGUACAGGCUGCUUUUGACAGAUUAUUUAAAGAAUCUUUUAGAAGACUCAGCAGACUAUAGGGAUACUCAAGGUGCUCUGGCUGUUGUCAUAGAAGUAGCCAACCAUGCCAAUGAUAUCAUGAAACAAGGAGAUAACUUUCAGAAGCUCAUGCAGAUUCAAUACAGUUUAAAUGGGCAUCAUGAGAUUGUUCAACCAGGAAGGGUCUUUCUCAAAGAAGGAACGUUGAUGAAGCUUUCCAGGAAGGUCAUGCAGCCGCGAAUGUUUUUUCUGUUUAAUGAUGCUCUGUUGUAUACAACUCCAGUACAGUCUGGCAUGUAUAAACUCAACAACAUGCUUUCAUUGGCUGGAAUGAAGGUUAGAAAACCAACCCAGGAAGCUUAUCAAAAUGAGUUGAACAUAGAAAGCGUAGAGCGAUCCUUCAUACUCUCAGCAAGUUCUGCUACAGAAAGAGAUGAAUGGUUAGAAGCCAUCUCCAGAUCAAUUGAAGACUAUACAAAGAAGAGAAUCACAUUUAACCCGAGUAAAAGUCUUGAAGAGGCAGAUCCAGAGAAAGAGGAUGAAGAUAGUCCUCUCGGAUCAAAGGCUCCCAUCUGGGUUCCUGAUACUAGAGCCACUAUGUGUAUGAUCUGUACUAGUGAAUUCACGUUGACCUGGAGAAGACAUCACUGCAGGGCAUGUGGAAAGAUUGUCUGCCAAGCAUGUUCCACAAAUAAACAUGGCUUAGACUAUAUGAAAAACCAACCAGCAAGAGUGUGUGAUCAUUGCUUCAAAGAACUACAGAAACAAGAUAACCACUUCACUCCUAAGAGUGGAUCCCCAGUGAACCAUAAAUCUCCAUCCAGUGCCUUGUCUACAGUGUUACAUAGUAUUCCAUCUGGGAGAAAACAGAAAAAAAUUCCUUCUGCUCUCAAAGAAGUUUCGGCAAAUACAGAAGACUCCUCAAUGAGUGGCUAUUUAUAUAGAUCAAAGGGCAGCAAAAAACCAUGGAAACACCUGUGGUUUGUCAUAAAAAAUAAGGUGCUAUACACAUAUGCUGCUAGUGAGGAUGUUGCUGCACUGGAGAGUCAGCCUUUACUGGGUUUCACAGUCUCUGAAGUAAAGGAUGAAAACUCCGAGUCUAAAGUAUUCCAUUUACUGCACAAAAACACUUUAUUUUACAUAUUCAAAGCCGACGAUCCUCAUUCAGCUCAAAAGUGGAUAGAAGCUUUUCAAGAAGGCACCAUAUUAUAGUGCCUCAGCACCAUCUCUGAGACUAAAGGAGCAAAAUGUCAUCAAAGGAUGACAAGAAAUGGAGUACAGCAAUUUUGUUUAAAAAUGGACUCUACCAGCAUCAACCUAAACACAAUUUGUAUAUUUAUGAGAAUUAGGAGGAGUUGCCUUUUUUUUUUUUUUAGGUGUAAGGUAAUAUUUUUUUAAAGAAAUUUGUGUAUUUGUUUUUUUCAUACAAAAUGUGUUAUUUAUUAAAUUCCAAUGUUUACGUAAUGGUCAGAAUCAUUUCUAAGGUUCGCAUUGAAUUCCAAAGUGCCCUUGUCUUUAGAAUAGCAGACGGCUUUGUCAGAAAACUGUCUGUAAAAAAACAAAACACGCGCGCUUUACUGCAGCAUUAGUUUGUGCAGUUCGUGAGUUGCUGAUACUCACUUUGUAAUUUAACAAGAACAGUUCAAAGAACAAAAUAUUUCAACAAAAAUUUAGGACACAUGGUCAGCUAUGUUAAAACUCCUUUGACG